AUGGUCAUUGCUGAUUCGGGCAAUCAUCGUAUCAUCCAAUGGAAGAUAUAUGAUAUUGAAGGACAAGUUGUAGCAGGUGGCAAUGACCAUGGAGAUGGAUUGGAUCAAUUGGUUCGUCCAACUGAUGUUUUAGUCGACAAAGAGACUAACAGUCUCAUUAUUAGUGAUUGGGGGAAUAGACGAGUUGUACGAUGGUCUCUUCGUAGUGGCACAACUCAGGGAGAAAUCCUUAUCGACAACAUCGAUUGUUAUGGAUUGGCUAUGGAUAACAAGAGAUAUCUUUAUGUGUCUGAUGAUCAAAAACAUGAAGUCAGACGAUAUCGUAUAGGAGAUAAGAAUGGAACUAUAGUGGCGGGUGGACAAGGACAAGGUGAUGGUCACCAUCAACUCAACGAGCCGACUUACAUUUUUGUCGAUGAAGAACAAAAUGUCUACGUGUCAGACAACGAGAAUCAUCGUGUAAUGAAAUGGACUAAAGAUAAAAAAACAGGAUAUGUCGUCGCUGGAGGUAGUGCCUCGAAGGUUUCUUCGACACAACUGUUGUAUCCUAUGGGACUCUUCGUCGAUAAGUCGGGUACUGUCUAUGUGGCAGAUUAUGGGAAUCAUCGAGUGAUGCGUUGGCCCAAGGAAGCAGAUAAAGAGGCUGUCAUUGCGGGUGGAAAUCGUUCGGGAGCAGGAGCACAUCAGUUUGAUUGCCCCAUUGGUUUGUCCUUCGAUCAGCAAGGUAAUCUCUAUGUCGUCGACAAUGAGAAUAAUCGUGUUCAGCGUUUUAUUAUACAAUGA